GUGUGCUUACUGAUAGCCACUUGUAAAUCCAUCGAAAUUCUCAGAUUCUACCUUCUUUUUUCAUAACCAACAAUUCAAAGUACUUCUUUUAUUGCUUAAAAUUAAUUUUCAAUUCAACUAUUCAGUGUCUCUUAAUGCUGUGAGUGAAUGACGAAUCUGAUUGUUCUCUCCCAUUCAUGAAAACCAAAAAAAAAAAAACAACAAAAUAUCCUCUACAGGUGAAAAAAUGCUACUGAAAUAUAUUAAAUUUCUGUUGCUUCUCCUUUGGGUACGUACGGACUUAACACAUGCCUCAAUUCUCACAAAUAUUGUUGAAACCAUAUAUGAAUAUUUCCACGACUCUCCCUCGGACAACGCACUAUUGGAUUUUUAUGGCGAAACGAAUGAAAAAUAUUCAUACGAUUUUAUAAUAAUCGGUGCAGGUUCCGGAGGAUGCGUCGUUGCUAAUCGAUUAUCAGAAAUAACCCAUUGGAAUAUUUUACUCCUUGAGGCUGGUGGUGAGGAGAUUUUUUUGACUGAUGUGCCACUUUUGGCCCCACUCAUGCACAUUACCUCUUAUAACUGGGGCUACAGAACUGAACCGAGGCCAAAGAAUAGUGAUGGCAGUGGUGGAUAUUGUCUAUCUAUGAUAGACGGCCGUUGCAAUUGGCCAAGAGGCAAAGCCGUUGGUGGAACAUCAGUUAUAAAUUUCAUGAUAUACUCGCGAGGCUCUAAAGGAGAUUUCGAUCAAUGGGCAGCUGAUGGCAAUGCCCAUUGGAGUUACGAUCAAGUACUUCCCUAUUUCAUCAAAUCAGAAAGGGCUCAUUUCCCCGCCUCACAAACCGACCAUCACCAUAUUAAUCCAUCACUUUACGGAACAACUGGAUAUUUAGAUGUAACAACAGCAUCUUGGCAAUCUCCACUGCGCGACACAUUUUUCGCCGCCGGCAAAGAAUUGUCUUACAGAAUAAAAGACUCCAACGAUGGUGAUUCAAUCGGCUUCACCAGCAGCAAAACAAAUACGAGAAAUGGCCGCCGUGUGAGUGCUUCAAAAGCAUUUAUAAAACCCAUCAGACAUCGGAGAAAUUUUCAUCUCUCAGAAUAUUCGAGGGUCACAAAAAUAAUCAUCAACCCAGUCACUAAAACCGCUACAGGAGUCGAGUAUAUUAGAAAUUCCAAAAAGUAUAUCGUCCAAGCCAGAAAAGAAGUCAUUCUGAGUGCAGGGAGCAUUAAUUCUCCUCAACUGCUAAUGCUCUCUGGUAUCGGACCAAAACUCCAUCUCGAUGCUUUCAAUAUUAACAUACUAGAAGAUCUUCCAGUAGGCCAUAAUCUACAGGAUCACGUCAGUAUGGCAGCACUCACUUUUAUCGUUAAUGAUACCGUAACAAUCGUUGAACCAAGAAUCGCCAGUAAUUAUAAAAAUACCUUUGAUUAUUUGCUCAAGGGAACUGGUCCUUUCACUGUGCCUGCAGGUGCCGAGGCUCUGGCAUUUGUUAAUACCAAAAUAAAUGAUAAUUAUCAUGAGAAAUACCUGGCUAAUAGUACAAUUAGUAAUGAACCCGAUAUUGAACUCGUCUUUGGAAUCGGAUCUAUGGCCGGAGAUGCUUCCGGUACUCUGCGUAGUAUAUUCGGAUUAUCAGACGAAUGGUAUGAAAAAGUAUUCAGGCAUUAUCAAGGACAGGAUGGAUUCAGUAUUGUUCCUAUUUUGUUGCAUCCUAAGAGUCGCGGCUACGUCAAAUUAAGGAGCGCAAAUCCCUUCCAUUCGCCGAUUCUCGAGGCUAAUUACUUUGAGCAUGAUGAUGAUUUGAAAACCAUGAUUCGGGGAAUUAAAAAGGCUAUUCAAGUUGCAUCUACACACCCAUUCCGCAAAUACAACACAACCCUCUUGCCGAUUCAUUUUCCCGGCUGCACAGAUUUGGAAUUUCAAUCAGACGAUUACUGGGCCUGUGUAUCACGUCAAAUUUCAACAACUCUGGGCCAUUUCGUUGGCACAUGCAAAAUGGCACCUCGAAACGCAAGUGGUGUUGUUAACGAACAAUUAAAAGUUUAUGGAAUUAAUAAACUUCGUGUUGUCGAUGCGAGUAUAAUACCCUUACUAAUAUCUGGGCAUACAAAUGCACCAACUUACAUGAUUGGAGAGAAAGCAAGUGAUAUGAUUAAGUCAGAAUGGUUAUAAGGUAUUAAGUAAAUAGAAACAUUUCAAUAUAUAGGGUACAUAUCAAUUCGAUGAAAAUGUUACGUACAUACUAUCAUAAUGGAACAAUUUUUUAAAUAAUUUUUUUCUAUGUUUCAUAAUUCUUCAUAAUAAUACAUUCACCUCAUAUGAGUCAUGUAAAUGAUGAUUAGGAAGAAAACGUUGAUUGGCACUGAUACGCCUUUUCCCAUUUUCGAUGUGCCUAGAUAGGAUUAAAAAUUUUUU